AUGGAGCAGCGACGGACCUGGGUCUCUAACCAUCCUGACGACGAGAAUGAAGACGCGUACCACGUCGACCCUUCAGCCAACCUCAGCAAGCUCGAGCAGAUCUUGCAGUGCGACGCCUCACCAUGGUCGCCGAGCAACUUCCUCCUGAUCUGCUUCGAGCAAGGAUCUUACUUUGUAGAGCGUCCUCUGAAGAUCGGGUUCGCCAAGAGACCUGUUCAGCUCAUGGGGCAUAGAGAGCCUCUCCUCGGCUCGUCGGAGAGUUUGCGAUCCGACUCGCGGCACACGAUCAUUCACGCCCAGCUCGAGGCAGCGGAGAGGAGCCGAGGGAUCCUGCGGCACCUCCGCGUCCUGCAGCGCAUGGAGAGCAGCAUCGAACCGUGUGUGGACAUCGUAGGGAGCCGAUGGGCAAUGGAUCGAUGCAAGGUUGAGAGCCUCGGGGGGAUCUGUGUGGAGGUCAGCGGAGCCUCACAAGUCGCGCUCGUCUCCUGCUCCAUCGGGGGGGUGUCCUAUCGGACGGGCCACUGCCAGCAUGGGCUGUGGGUGUCAGGGACUUCGCACGUGCAGAUGCGAUCCUGCCAGGUCCAGUUCUCGUCCAUCAAUGGGAUCAGCCUGCAGGAGAAAGCGAGGUGUUCCAUCUCUCAGACUGCCUUGUACAAGUGCACAGUCGGCCUCUCCCUCCUGCUACCCGCGCGUGCCCGAGUCGCCUCCUCUACCUUCAUGCUGAAUUCCCACGGGGCUUUCUACCUGGGGAAACGAGAGCUGAACCUUACCUCCAAUGGCUGCGAGAUGCGUCCUGAGGCCCUCAACAUGAUCGACAGCUACGCUGAUCAAGUCCCGAAGGGCGUUGCUAGGAACCUUCGAAGCAUUUUCACGCUGACCAAGGGCGAGGAGCAGGAGCAGGAGCAGGAGCAGGAGCAGCCCAGACCUCAUCUAAGGCUGGAGAACACCCAGGUACAUGACGUCACGUUCGCUCCUUCCUUCAUCCUCUUCUCCCCGGCUCGUCGUAUCUCCCCGCAUCCCCCAGCCUUCCUCCUCAACUUCCUCUUCCUCUUCCUCCCGCAAACCUCGAGGGCCUCCUUGACCCCUGCUAAGGUCCAUGGUCCCCUCUGGAGCUCAACGGAUCCUCCACCUUCCUCGCUCUACGAGGUCUCAGGGUCCUUGGAGGCGAAGGACGACGGGACGAGGCAUGCUGGCAUCGCCUUCUCCCGCAUCCCUUUGGGCGCCAACAACCAUGGCUUCCCGCACAGCGCACGCAUCAUCACAAGCGAUUGUCUUUCCUCCAGUGAAGUAGAGGAGACUCCAAGGACAGAAGUGCCAAGAGCGACCAACGAGUCCAACAGCACGGCUGCUCCUCCCACUCCUCAGGCUCCUGCCGCUCCGAGGAGAGCAGCUUCCCUACCGGAUAGCGAAGGAUUUUCCAGUGGGAUUCACGACUCGGAAUCGGAGGGACCCAAGCAGGAAGUGCGACCGAGGACGAAGGGAGCGAAGCUGCAGGAGCUGCUGGGAGCGGACAACUUCAUUCCAAUCGACGAGCCGUUCUCUGUGGAGCUGGAUGAAUCAUUCUCGAUAGAAGAAGAUUGA